AAAUUUAGCCCCUUUUCCGAAAUCCCUCGCGACAAAGUAUACAUUUAUAAUUCAAAAGCCCCAAGCUGACGUAUUAGGGUUCUCCUUUUUUUACAUCGGAAUUCUUCCUUUCAUUCAAGGUCAGGAAAAGGAUUCCAAUCAUCUGAAACUACAAAUUUUCAGUCGGUUUGUGAUUCAUUGCUUCCCCCAAUCGACUUGGCUAUCCAUAAUGUCUGAGAUAAAGUCAUCUGGGAGACCAUUUGACCAAUUAUUGGAGAAAGUAUUGUGCAUGAACAUACUUUCUUCCGAUUAUUUUCGAGACCUGUUGAAACUGAAAACUUUUCAUGAAGUUAUUGAUGAGAUUUACGUUACUGUUACACACGUGGAGCCAUGGAUGACUGGCAACUGCCGAGGGCCUUCUACUGCAUUCUGCCUUCUCUAUAAAUUCUUCCUCAUGAAGCUAACUGUCAAACAAAUGCACGGAUUAUUGACUCACCCAGAUUCUCCUUAUAUUAGAGCAAUAGGAUUUCUCUAUUUAAGGUAUGUAGCAGAUCCAAAGACUUUAUGGGGUUGGUGUGAACCAUACGUUAAAGAUGAUGAGGAAUUCUCUCCUGGUUGUAAUGGCCGUAUGACGACAAUGGGUGCGUAUGUGAGGGAUUUGCUUCUUGGACAGUACUACUUUGAUACACUUCUUCCUCGUAUUCCUGUCCUGGUGUUACGCACUAUUGUUGCCAAUUUUGAAAAUAUGAAGUUGCCGUCUAAACACUGUGGAGUUACUGGUGAGACCACUCGUGGAAGUGAAGAGACUGCAAGAAGACCACCUUCUGUCAAGGCUGCUCUUUCUGUCUCUUUCGGUCAACGUGCCCCUCAUCGGACAUUAACUAGAGAUUCAUCUCCAGUUCGGCGUACUGUUAAUCAUUCUUAUGAUCGCGGUAAUGAAUCAAGACGAUCUCCCCAUCAUUCUGGGAGCCAAAAUGGUGAUUUAUCUGAUCGGGAUUAUCCUGGAAGAGAGAGAGACAGGGGCAAGGAUGGCAACAGUGAUCAAGAAAGAACCAGGGAUCGCUAUAGAGACAGGGAUGAUGAAAGGAGAAGAGAGCUGGACAAAGGUAAAGAUAGAAGGUACGAUGAUUAUGACAGAAGGUCCCGAGACUCCUAUAGAAGGAGUUAUGAUAGGAGGGGCCGUGAAGACUACAGGAGAGAAGGUAGUUCUCGCCAUAGCCAAAGCAGGAGCAGGAGCAGGAGCAGGAGCCGGAGUCGAAGUCAGAGCACCCAUGAUUAUGGUAAGCAUAGUGUAAGUAGUCACAAUCCAUUUAGCCAUGAAAGUAAGGAGAAGAGAUCGGCAUCGAGUAAUCUGGCCGAGCUUAAAGAUCUGUACGGUGUAUCGAGCAAUCAAAAGGAUGGCGUGGCUGAGACCUCAGAGGGUCGCCCUUACAGGCCCAGUGGUACUGAGGAGGUGAUCAGACUAGGUGGUUCUUCAUGGAGGUAAAUCACUUUCGAUUUGAUAUUCAUGGUUAUGUUAUUCACUGUAUAAGCCGACGAGUGGCUGACUGAAUCAUCACCGGAAGUAUGGCGGACACAUGGUUGUAAUUUAUGGCGUCGGUGUUCAACGGAUGUCGAUAUCGAUGCAUAAUCAAGCAGUGUGUAAUGUAUUUGUAGCAUAAUUAGCGAAUGAAAAGGGGAUAUGAACUACUCUGGUUCUUGGUUAUUGGUUAGUCUUUGGAUAUAAUAGUCAUUUUCCCCAGCUAUGUCACCACAAACAUACUGACAUUCUUCACUUCAAACUAAUAAUGUUAAAGACUACAAACUAUUUAUAUCA